AACUGACUUAACUACGUUCGCUACAUCAAAUGCGGCUUCCUUUCCUAUUUACUUCUUGAAGACAAAAUGGUGCAACGUUUAACUUUAAGAAGACGUCUGUCCUACAACACAAAAUCAAAUCGCAGACGUGUUGUACGCACACCCGGCGGUCGUUUGGUCUAUCAAUAUGUGAAGAAAAACAAGACCGUACCAAAGUGUGGCCAAUGUAAGGAGAAGUUGAAGGGCAUCAGACCAACACGUCCAUGCGAACGUUCUCGCCUGUCCAAGCGUCAAAAGACUGUCGCUAGAACUUAUGGUGGUGUCUUGUGUCACGGUUGCCUCAGAGAACGUAUCGUUCGUGCCUUCCUGAUCGAAGAACAAAAGAUCGUCAAAGCAUUGAAGAGUCAACGUGAACCAGUUAAGGCCGUUAAAGUUGUUGAGAAGAAGGUGACCAAGCCAACAAAGACUGCAGCUGGCAAACAAACUGGCAAAGCAGCUGCAAAGAAACCUGCCGCAAAAACAACUGGCAAAGCCAAAAAAUAAAAUUCAAACUCUAAAUUCACGCUUUAAUUUAAAAUAUUGAACGAAUAUCGUCGAGUUUGUUUUGUAUGCACAGUGUGCAUAUUUUUGUAUUGUAAACAAUUGGCAACAAAAACAAAAACGUUCAUAAAUAAUAAUUAAAAAUAAAAUUAA